AUGUAUAAUCAGCAGUUCCGAUGGAGCGGCGCCUACGACGCGCAAACACAGCGGCUAGGCUGCGAGCGCGUGCUCAAAGAAGCAAAGAUGACACUGCGCUGGUUGCACGAAUACCGCGACCUGGCGUACGGACGGACGGGCGAGCAGCGGUCCCCCGCCACACAGCGGUUGCUCAAUGAGCUCGAGUACCAGGGCUUCGCACCGGGUCCACUCGAGACGUGGUUCACGGGACCUGGCAAGAUAGAGACCUACCUGGUGCCUCAGAAACUUCCUCCACUCCCAAGCACCGACCCUCGCUGUACACUGCAUACCAUGCGGCCAAUUCCAGAAGACCAGGAGAAAUUAUUAUACACAGGGCCAACGAGAGAUGGCAGGCUGAAGUACCUGUCACUGCGGGAGAAGGUUUCACCCAUUGACCGGUACUACUACCCAGCCUCAGUGAACCAGCGCUACGGCUGGCUGGCACCAGCAAUGCGUCAGGCGCUGAACCGGCCAGAGUGUGCGAGGAGUGAGCAGCCACGGCGUGCUGCGCUGCGCAGGAGGGACGUGCGGCCAGACCCCCCUGGACUCCGGAGGCCACUCACUACUAAACCACCAGAACGUGCCGAACUCUAG